GUGUGCUGCAAAAGUUAGUUAGAGGAACCUGUUGUUUUCACUCAAGAGUUUUAUUGAUUUUGAUCUGAACUGCCUCCAGCGCGACUCAGAGCCAUGGACCAAACUGAGGUGGUGAAGCCAGAAACUCUGGACGACCUGAUCAAAACCCUGCACAAGGUCUUCGAGAGUGACCGCAUCAAUGUGGAGGAGGUCCAAGACAUUAUGGAAUCAUACGAGAGCAACCCCCAGGAGUGGAUGAAAUACGCCAAGUUCGACCAGUACAGGUACACAAGGAACCUGGUUGAUGAGGGCAACGGCAAGUUCAACCUCAUGAUUCUAUGCUGGGGUGAAGGGCACGGCAGCAGCAUCCACGACCACACGGACUCCCACUGCUUCAUGAAGCUGCUGCAGGGCCACCUGAAGGAGACGCUGUUCAAGUGGCCGGACAGCAAACCUCACGGGGAGAUGGUCCAGAAGUCGCAGAGAAUCCUGCAGGAGAACAAGGUUGCUUAUAUAAACGACUCCAUCGGCCUGCACCGCGUGGAGAACGUCAGCCACACGGAGGGGGCCGUCAGCCUGCACCUCUACAGCCCCCCGUUCCAGACCUGCCAGACCUUCGACCAGAGGACGGGCCACAAGAACACGGUCAAGAUGACCUUCUGGAGCAAAUAUGGGGAGAGGACCUCAUUUGACAGCACGGUGUCACAGGAGAACAACUAAGGCGACGCGAAGGAGGCUGCCGACGGGGAAGACUCCACGUUUCAACGGUCGUCAAAUUGAUUCGAGGGAAACUGCUGGGAAAGCGAAAUGCGGGCCUACUAUGAGUGAGCAGCCCAUUUAGAAAUCAGGAGCGGGCCUGUUCAAAAGCAUGGCCCGGUAAUUAGAAUGGCUUUAUCGCUGCCCAGUGCGAGCUUGGCAAAUACUGAUGAGCACAGGACGAAUGUGUGAAUAGGCCUGGACGUGGGUUGAAUCUGCCUUUUGUCUGCCGGGCCUGAGGAGACCUCUUUCCAAUAACAACAUUCCUGUGUAACCACACUUUUGUAAAGUUAUGGCCCAUAGUGGAAGAACGGAGCAUGAGCGUUCUAAAAUAAUGAGAAGUAUCGCUGUUCUACACUUCACUUCUGUAUCUAAACAGCCAGCAGUUCCGUUCCCAGUGGAGCCCUUCAAUAGCUGGAUUUACCGUCGAUUCAUACUGUACCGCUCAAAUUAGUUUUACCGCCUGUUUAACAUUGUAAUGAAAUGUAACAUUGUACAGUUUGAUUAAAAAGAGUUUGUUUUCACUUACUUUUUGGGGGGGAGGAGAGAAAUGUAAAGCUUGAGAAAUGUGUUGUUUUUAAAAGUGUGACGCUUGUAAUUUAUUCACAGUAAUGUGUUUACAGUAAAUCACCAGGCCGUGUUCCUCCUAGACGUAUGCGAGGAGCCUGUUUUGUAUUAGACAGUUUUAGAUGAAUCUCAGGAUGUUGGCAUGUUUUAAUCCUAGCUCUGUGCAACAAUGACUAGUUCCACAGCAUCAUUUCUGCAAUGCAGUAAUUAAUAAAUCUGCCCAUAACUGUAGACCAUUAAACGCUUUUACCCUUUACAGAA